UAAACAUUCUUUUCUAUACUCUCUCAAAAUAAAGCUUACCAAAAAAACGUUAAAAUCAUGUUCGCAAAACCUUUGAAUUGUUUCGUUUUUCUGCUAAUCAGUUCUUCACUAUGUGUUGAAAGUGUAAAAACGGGUGGUUCAAAUAUGCAGUUGUUCGAACAUCCUCCAGCAAACAUUGCCUCACGAAACAACCUCGCUAAGGCUUCUUCAUGUUUUCCUGGAUUUUCUGUAGAUCAAGGAGAAACUGUCAAAAAAUUGGGAGAAAAACAAGAUGAAUGUGAGAAUAGUGAAGCUGUGGCAAGAUCAAAUCUUGAAGAAGAUUUAUACAACUUUAGCUACCGAAUGGCACAACUGGCCGAUGGCUUUUGUGUACGAAUUGACCAAGAGUGCAGAGAUGGAUUUGCUAAAAAUGGAAAUAUUACGCAAGCACUCGACUGUUAUAUAGAAUUGACACUGGAAGGACGAUCAAUCAUCUAUGAUAUAGUUGAUCAAAGUUCAAUGAAAAUAUUAACUUCUGAAAAUGAGGCCCGUUCAAUUGUAGUAACCUCAAAAAAUUGCACCACUAAUGCUAACAUUGAAUAUUUAAAGCGUUCUGAUUCACUAUUUGAGCAAUUUGUCAAAUGUGAUAAAUCACCAUCUGACGAUAAGACAACAACUAUUUCAACUUCCCGUUCUCCUAUUGUAACUUCUCCUUCAACAGUUGCAGAACCAACAACUACAACAAUGAGAACUCCAGAAUUACCGUCUACAGAGACAACUAGGAGCAAUCGGUUUCCAUGGAAUUAAAAACUAAGAAAUUAGCUGUUUUAAUUUUUUAAAUUUUCAGUUUAAUUAUUGUAUUAUUUCUUGAAUUCCCUGAUAAAUAAGGAAUAUUCCUCAAUAAAAAAAAUACUGCUUUAACAUCUUUAAAGAGUGGGGAUAGAUUUAAA